AUAGCUGAACUAGGUACAACUUCAUGGGAAGGUCAAGAGUUCUAGAUCACGAGUCGGGCACUCGCGACUGGCGGCUCAUCUAUAUCGCCUUCGGAUGACGGACUCUCCGUACUGCCAGUGGUGUCCCUCACAGCCUGAGACGGUGGAACACUUCCUACUGUGGUGCCCACGUUAUCACUGCACGGACUACUCUCCGUGCGGCCUUGCGCACACUUGGGGUGCACAUUUUCACUCUACCUGUCCUCCUCAACGGGGAGGGAUUUCGCCCUCUGGACCGUCAGGAGAUAUUGGCUUGUACCUGCUCCUUCCUGCUGGCUUCAGGACGUAUCAGAGACAUAUGAUAUUAGUCAAGACAUUCUUCCACUUUGGUCGAUAUUCCCUCUCCUAGCACUGGACGGCCGGGCUCGAUACGGCGUGUGCUGUCAGUGGCCCUGAAACCCCAACAGAAGAAGAAGAUUUCUAGAUCAAAGGAACAGGAGCAACUCUACUUCUUGUGGCUUAGCGCUUCUUUUUUUGUUAUAGCAAUAAUAAUACUCUACUUCUUCCUCGCAUCAAGCUUGAUACAUCUCAUACAGACAGGGAGAAGAGUGAUUUAUUGAUAACUUGAUCUGAGACAGAUUGAAGUAUGGUGUAUUAUACCAGCAUCAACAUGCUCCGUGGGGCAAGAUCCACUUUUGGUGUAUUACGAAGGACACGAUUAGCCAUAUUGAACCGUGGAAUUUGCUCAAAUAGUCCUGAUAUUGUAGUGGAAAAAUUAGUAGGAGACUGUGAAGGAGUUAUUGUGUUUGGCCUCAACCGACCAGCUGCUAAAAAUUCAAUUAGCAAGAAUCUGUUGAAAGAGUUUACUGAGGCCAUUGAAAAUGUGCAACAUGAUAAGAGUGUGAGAGUAGUUGUUUUGAGAUCACUGGUACCUGGAGUGUUUUGUGCUGGAGCAGAUCUAAAAGAAAGAGCAACAAUGAAACCAGAAGAAGUUGGGCCAUUUGUGUCUAAAGCUCGUAAUUGUAUCUCUGAUCUUGAAAACCUUCCAGUGCCAGUAAUUGUAGCUCUUGAUGGUGUAGCUUUAGGAGGGGGCUUAGAGAUUUCUCUUGCAUGUGAUCUGCGUGUGGCUGCUAAUUCUGCUAAAAUGGGACUUGUGGAAACAAAACUAGCCAUUAUCCCAGCUGGUGGGACGCAGAGACUUCCCCGUAUUAUUGGAGCCGCAAAAGCCAAAGAAUUGAUCUAUACAGCUGCAGUACUGAAUGGAACACAGGCAGCAGAAAUUGGCCUGGUUAACCAUGUUGUUCCUCAGAAUGAAAUGGAAGAUGCAGCAUACCAUAAAGCCUUGGAAAUUGCUAAGGCAAUCAUCCCAAAUGGUCCCAUUGGUGUUAGGAUGGCAAAAACAGCCAUCUCGCGAGGCUUGGAAGUAGACCUUGGUACGGGAUUAUCUAUUGAAGAAGCCUGCUAUGCUCAAGUAAUCCCCACCAGAGAUAGAAUUGAGGGGCUGAAAGCUUUUAGAGAAAAGAGAAAACCAGAAUACAAGGGAGAAUAAAAUUCAUGAUUUGUCCAUAUUUCAUUGUAGUGGAGCAUCAAACAUAUAGUAAUGUUUACCGAGCACAAAUUAUAAUUUUGUCAUGCUCCAAAAGCUGAGGAAAAUGAAGUGGUAAACUUGAAAUCUAUUUAACUCAAAAUUGUAAUAAGCCCUGCUUACUGACACAGAAUAACCCACAUGGAGAUGAUUAAACUACAUUCAAAACAGGUGCUCUAUAUUUGACCUUCAAACUGAAAUUGAAAAACAGUACAUUUUUUGUUGUCUCCGUGUGGGUUUGUUCCAUGAAAUGUCUUAUUAAUAUGUGUGAAGGAAUACAUUUUUUAAAGCAGUCACAACCAUUGCAGACAGGUACGUAUAUAGGAUAUUUUAUAGGAUAGAGAAUACAUGUAUAAGUUAUAGUGUUUGGCUAGAUAAUGUCUAAAGAUUUGGGAAAGUUUAUACUGUAUAAUGAAACAUUACAUAGAAGUUAUACUCACUGCAUUUAAUGAUGUUCUGUUUAUAAUCCUUGAGUGCAGUAUCCACAUGGAGACAGAAACAAGCUCUGAGACCCUUUUCAGCAGUACAUGAAUGACGAAGCAUUUACAAUUUACAAGCCUUUAUUAGCUGAUAGUACAAUAGAUAUUAUAAUUUUUUAUUUUUUCUAUACUACAUAUUUAUGGACUUGUCAUGCAGAGUCAUUGGAGUUUGAUAUAUAGUGCCAAAUUAAAUAAUAUUAAGGGAUGCAGGUGAAUGGAGUGCUACUUAAAUACAUACAUAUUUUGAAAAUUUGUAAACUUCAGAAUAAUAUAACAAAUUGUGCACUAUUUAGCUACAUACUGAGCAUCCUAAUAAACACAACGUAUACUGGUAUGUAUUGUACAACCCUAUGGGGUUGGUCUAGUUUUUUUUUAGUUGAAUUGUAAUGCAGUUUUGACUCUGAUGUAAUGAAACUCCAGUUCAAGUAUGUAUAUAUUUAUAAAACAAUUGCAAUUUAUAAACUGACACAGACAGUACUAUCAAAGUGAGCUAUUUCAAACCUAGACUGGGACAUUUACGUGAAUCAUUAUAUGGUUGUCAUAUAUUAUACAUAAUAUAUGACAUGGUAUCUCUUGGAAACUUAUGUCGUCUGACACAUAUAGUAAGGCUUUAUUUGAAUUUUAUCCUCCAAAUAAACUUUUUCUCUAUCUAGUAUGUGAUUGCCUGUACCAUUUAAAAGUUAUAAACAUGAAAGCUAAUUUUCCUUGAAUUCAUUGACCUUUGCCUUUAUAAUUGGGGCUGCUCUUAAAUGCACAAUAAAUUUCUGUACUAUCAUAGAUAGUACAGAAAUUUAUUGUUUUUUAUGAAUUAUCUUAAGUAGUACAGAGAACAAAUGAAGAGGCUUAUAUUAGAUCAGUACAUGUCAUGACCUAUCUCUGGGUUUUAUCAUGCACUAUAAUAUCAUGUAUAUGUGCAGAUUUAUUUUUAAUAUGAAAGCUAAUGUGCAUUAGGUGAGAAUAUUUAUGUAAAUGAUAAUAUGAUGGGCAUAAAGAUCCAGGAAUCAGAAGAGAGAUUAUAAAUAUCAUUAAAAGCACUUUGAGAUAUGGUAGAGUAUGUCAAAAAAUUCAUCUAAAAUAAAAGUAAUUUUUAUACUCAUUCUGUGUAAUGAAUGAAUAGCAUAGUAAAUUAUUUAUAAAUAUGAUGCACAGUGAAAAUAGGAAAUAAAACCUGAGUGCUUUCAUUUGCUUAUGCACGUGUGUGUAAGCACAUGAAAGCGCUGAAGUUUUCCUAUUUUCACUGGGGUAUUUUUUCAUAUUUGCAAUCAUUCAUUUUACUGUGACUUCUGCUAUGAUGUACAGUAUUUUUAAUACAGGAUGUACUUCCAUGAUUACAGUAUGUAUUGUGAAAAAUAAGUAUAUUUUGUAAAUCUGUGUAGAAUGGUAUUGUAUAAACAAAUUAGAUUGCAA